AAGGAGGAAAAACCAAAACAAAGAUUUAUUAGCAUGGCAACAUCAUCGGCAUCCAAUUGGCUGCACGUUGACUUCGAAGAAGACACACCUCAACUGUUUUCAACUUUGUCCAGUUGCAUGACGCUCAGCGACGUGCAAUGCGAUGGUUACGUGCGACUUCUAGUGGCUGACAUUUCACUGGAAGAUGAUGAGGAGCCCAGUGCCAAGCUGAAAGUAUUUCGAGGGCUACAACUUAAGCACGAGCAAUCGCUACCUGGAAUACCUACUGCUAUUGAAAGUCUCUACACAGACGAAACAGAGCCUAAAACGCCGGUAAUUGCAGUUGCCAUUGCCGAUUCGGUGCUUUUCUACAGGCAUUUGAAGCCCUUUUUUAAAUAUACAAUUCCCGCCACGGAUGCCGAAGAAUUGGAAUUGGAGGUGUGGCGCAAAUUGCCCGUGAUGAAACUGGAGACACAUGAAGGACUGUUGCAGUUGCUCAAGGAUGUGGACCAUGCCAAACUUUCGCGUAAAACGCAACGGCUGCUACAGUUAGCUGAAGAGGAACGAGCUUCAUUUAUCAGCACCCACAAGGAUUCGGUUGUGGGUCGAUCGGGCAAUAUUGUAGCCAUGUGUUGUUUGAAGCGAGUUUCCAGUAAUGUGAGCCCCCCCUCCCAUUUGGUUUUGGCUACAGACACCGGUCACAUAUAUGUGCUGGAGCCGCAGGGGUUCAACUUGAUAUAUCAGUCAAGAGUUUGCAACUAUGAGACAGCUGUGCCGAGUCUCAUUUCGAUACAUGGCACGUAUGAGACAGAUUUCUGCAUUGUGGUGGGCACGCGGAAUGGUGGAGUUUACCUGUUGCGCAAGUCCAGCAGCGAGGGUCAGGAGAUUUUCAAGCUAUCCACCCCAUUGACUGGUCUGCUUUUGCUGCCUAUUGAUCAGACAAUCGUUAUAACCACCAUGGAGAAUCACUAUAUGUGCUGCUCGAAACGAGGUAAACAGCUUUAUCAACUGCAAUUGGAAGCAGCGCCGGUCUGCAUUUUACCCCUACCGCUUACACACCUGGGCGUCACACUAGUGGCCGUCGCACUUCAAGGUGGCAAAGUGGGUUUCUAUUUGAAUCGCUAUAUGGUGGACGAAUUCGUGGUACCACAGACUGUGGCAGGCAUGAUAUAUGGCCGUAUGGGAAUGGAGGAUCAUGUGCUCACGCUUGUCACGGAAUCGGGCGAUAUUAUUAUUAAGAUUUUGCGACGUAUUACACACUUUGAACCGGACACGUCAGCGGUUUCAUUAACGAAAAAGGGCUUCGCGGUGCCUCAGAAGAUCGGAGAUGCAUCAAUACUGGACAAGUCGAAGAAGAGCUCCAUAUUCGUAGAGCAAGCGGCGCGUGAGAAGCAGCAGGCCAAGUCUAGCUAUGGCAGCUUUCAGAUGGAGCUGUGGCGACUGCGCCACACAGCAGCACGUGCCACAAUUGAUGCUAUUAACUCCUCAGAGAGCACCAUUUCAGGUGAUCUUACACAUGCGCCCGUGAAGUUGGCUGCCGAGGUCUGUGGAAGUGGACCCGCUUUUCGACUUUACCUCACCGUACAGAACCUAUCAACUUAUAAGAUGGCCUCGAAUCUGGCUGUACUGCUACAUGCUGACCGUCGUCAUUAUACCAUACAACAGUCUGUGGCCAGAUUGCCUAGUGUUCUGCCUGGCAUUCCGCUACGUGUAGACUUUGAGGUGCUGGCUGUGCUGGAUGCAAUGGACAAGCUGCCACCAGAUACACUGACGCCAGACAAUUCCCAAAUCCGUGUUAUGCUGAUGAAGGCAGGUCAGGCAAAGCCACUAAUCGCUGCUGUGGUGGCCAUGCCCCAAUCGGAAGCGGCAUUUUAAAGGUUGUUGAACAUAAAAUAACUAAAAUUUGUUGUUUUUUGCAUAUUUGGGCGCAUACUUCUCGUAGACCUUGACGUAAGCUUCCUUGGCGGCAUCCUUGGACAAACC